GCAACCCGAAACCGCCCUUCGCGCUGCAAUCGUUGCGGACCUGGAUGUGGCGCGGCAGGGCUUGGAGGAGCACCGUGGCCGCCUGCGCCAGGCGUUGGACGAUGGCGUCAAGGACCUUGAUGGCCUGGCCACUCUGAGCUCAGAACUGCAGGCCAAGUGCCAAUUCUUCGACAAAAUUGUCAAGGACUUGAGAAAGUUUUGCCAGGGCUGA